CCCUGACGCGCCGUCCCCACAGAAGGUGUCCCCGGCCGGGGUCCCCACGCGCUCGGCCCAUCCCGCCCGCUUCUCCCCCGAUGACAAAUUCUCCCGGCACCGCCUGGCCCUCAAGCGCCGCUUUGGGGUUUUGCUGACGCAGCGAGGCCGGACCCUGCUGUGAGCGACCCCAAAAAUCCCCCCGGGAUCCUCACGCCGUGAGGGACCCCGAAAACCCCCGGGGAGGAGG